AUGCGCAAGACAUUACUUCUUGUCUUCAUCCACGGCUUCAAGGGUGGCGAUGAUACAUUUGGGACAUUUCCAGAACACCUACGUGCCCUUGUCAGCCACGCGCUACCCAACAUCGACGUAGUUGCAGUCACUUACCCCAGAUUCGAAACCCGAGGUGAUUUGAAAGAUUGCGUAGCCCGGUUCAGAGAAUGGCUUCAGAACAAGGUAAUCGAUUUGGAAGUCGCUCGACACACCCCAUCUCCAACCAUCGACCCGUCAGUGCAUGUUAUGUUGGUGGGCCAUUCCAUGGGCGGAAUCGUUGCUGCUGAGACAUAUUUGAUGCUUGCGAACGAGCAGCCCAUCCCGACAGCCGCCUCACAGCAGAACCAAAGCAAGCCCAACUUUCCUUCCAACACAACUCUUGGGUCCACCACGUCCACUACGCACCCCAAUCCUCCCGAGCCGUUCCAGUCACACACGUUCAUGUUUCCUCACAUACAGGGCAUCUUGGCUUUCGACACUCCAUAUCUGGGUCUUGCGCCCGGGAUGGUUGCGCACGGCCUCGAAGGCGGCCACAAGACUAUCUCGAGCGCUUACAACACAGCGACCGAAGUCGCCUCCAUGUUCGGCUGGGGCUCCAAGUCCGAACCUAAUGUCUCCUCGUCAUCCAAAAGACCCGUGGCCGCUCUUCCUGCUGCCAGUUCGUCUGCCGCAGACGCUGCAGCGGCGCCGAAAUGGCAAUCCUGGGGCAAGUAUGCCAUGUUCGCAGGAGCUGCGGGCGCAGUCGUUGCAGGCGGCGCAGCAGCGCUAUACUCGCAACGCGAGAAGCUUAGCGCUGGAUGGCAGUGGGCCAGCGACCAUCUCCUCUUCGUGGGCGAGCUAUUCAGGCCCGAGAACUUGCGCAGGCGAGUGGAGAAUGUGGAAAAUGCAUUCAAGGAGCGCGGCGGUGGUUGUGCGAACCUUUACACUAACCUAGGCAGAGGAGCCCAAGAGGGCUAUGGCAUCACGGCGACUUUAGCCGGAAAGGAACGGACAUUCUGCAACCUACCUGUCUUUGUCAGUAAGGAAGGCAAGGAGGUCAAGGCAGGGGGUGGCGGUUUCAGAUGGUCCAAAGCCGUUAAUGACAAGGCCCGUGACGAAACGACGGCACAUGUGUCCAUGUUUUUCCCGCGCGACAAUCCCGGCUUCUAUGCUCUCGGCGAGCAAGCAAAGAAUUGUUUGGUUUCUUGGAUCGAUCAGGUGUGGUACCGGGCAAGUGACGGUGAAACCUUCUUGGGCAAAAGCCACGGCAUAAGUUUUGGCGAGAUUGGCGAUGGUUGGGAGAAGCCCGAUUAUGAUGCGGACGAGGUCAAAGCGAAAGAGAGAGAGCGAGAUCGAUACGGUGCGGCGUACCCGUUGGAUCCCGACCUGGCUAAGGGCUGGGACUCAGUGGGCAAAGACGAUGGGAUGGAUUCAGACGGUGAGAAUGACGUUCAGAUGCGUGAUGAUGAUGGUCAUGAAGAUGAGGAUCUCGAGGAUAGUGUCAUUGUCGACAAGGCUGCCGACGGGAAAGUACCUCUGCCGAAACCGAGAGGCGAUACAGGGCUAUGA